CACACACACACCCUCAGCUCUCAUUGAGGAGCAGUGGACACUCAGACUGGACGUGUUGUUGUUCUUGUGUUGGAGCUUGAGACUCUGCAGACGGACAUGUUGCCAAAGACUCGUCUGGGGAAGCGUUCCCCGCUCGGAGCGUUGGUGAGCUCCACCUGUCCGGUGGCGGCAGGAGCACACAUGCACCUGGAGACGGGUGAGGCCGGCGUCACCGUGGCAACGGCAGCAGGACAACAGGCCUCCAGCAGAGUCAAAGGUCAUCCUGGGCUGAAGGUGUAUUUCCAGUGCGGGGGAGGGGGUGAAUCCCCAGCAGUGGCGGAUCAGCUGGACCUCAUGCGCAGUGAUGUUUCUGCCUGGUCUUCAUCUCAUCCCUCCUCAGUGCCCCUGUCCAGCAGCAGGUCUGUCUCGUCCUGCAUCGACGUCCCCAGGAGUCAGAGGAGUCCAGAGGAGGUGGACAUGGACGAGCUGAUGGCAGCGAUGGUUCUCAGCAGUUUGUCCUGCAGCCCUCUGCUGCACAGCCCUGUGACCCCAGACCCAACAGCGGCUCUGACGGACUCCGGCGGCAGCGACCUCUCUGACAGCAGCAGCAGCGGCUACUGGAGCGUCGGCCGCACCAACGGGAGCCCGGACCCCUCUCCACCAAUCGCAGAGCCCGACGUCAGCCCGACCACGCCCCCCGACGAGGGCCUGGACAUGGAGCUGGAGGAGGUGUUCGACGAGCCGGCGCCGCGGAAACGCAAGAACUCGGUGAAAGUGGCCUACAGGUGUCUGUGGCCCAGCUGUGGGAAGGUGCUGACGUCAGUUGUGGGAAUCAAACGUCACAUCAGGACGACACACCUGUGCCGUGGAGGUGAACACGAGCGUUGUUCUCGCAGCGAGGAGGAUUUUUAUUACACUGAGAUCAUCCAGAGGGACCAUCAUCAGUUCAUCAUCAUUCAUCAUCAUCAGCAGCAGCAGCAGCAGCAGCAGCCUCCAUCCCCCCCAUCUCCAACCUGUGGUACUCUGAGUCACUCCGCCCCCUCCUCCUCCGGCAGCCUCCUGCAGGUCCAAUCAGAGCACUCCUACCAGGCUCUGCCUCCCAGCCAUGUGAUCUCAGCAGCAGCUUCCAGCACAGCUUCCUGUCGUUCGAUGGCCCCUCCCACCACCUGCCACAGCAGACAGGGCUUGUCGUUUCGGGUGCGUUCGAUCAGUGUAGGAGAGCAGUGGCUGCAGCAUCAGAGCGCCCCCUGCAGGAGGGUUCGUGGUGAAGCAAAGAAGUGUCGUAAAGUUUAUGGCAUCGAGCACAGAGAUCAGUGGUGCACGGCCUGUCGCUGGAAGAAAGCCUGUCAACGCUUCCUGGACUGAGUAGAGAGGAAGAGGAGGAGGAAGAGGAGGAUGAGGCGGAGGAGGAGGGAGGAGGACGAUGAACAGAGACGGACUGUUGACAAGUAGCUGAACUUCACCUGGUGGAUGUUUUAUACUUUCUUACAUCUGAAACCAGACAUUAUUUUUUUGUCUUUAUACUCUUUCUACGUUUUCUAGAAGUGUCUUUUUUAAAUUUUUGAAUGUGUAUCUUGUUGCUGUGUCAUCUCACACAACCUGCGUCCUGUCGGUGCUUUUUGAUGACAUACGAUGUGACCUUUGACCCGGUCACCUGUUGCGCUCCUCAGGUCAUCUGAACUGAACCAGCCUCUGUGUCGGGAUGAACACAUACUACUUCAACAGCACACGCUCGGCUCUGAUUCGUCGAGACUGGAGUUUAAUGAUACGCCCACAUGUGUGUGUCCGGACAGCAUCGACCUCUGAGGAGACCUGCUGCGAAUUCAUCUAAAUAUCCAGAAUAGCAGACUCGUUAACUCAGCGCGGUGACGGCAAGUCUUAAUUAUGAACAGUUUAGAGAAUUGAAGGUGGAGUUAACAGCCCCCCCCCCACAGUGUCUACAAAGCCAAAGAUGAAUAGGAGUGGGUCACUGGGUCUUUACAGUUACCCGUUAGCUCCUGCAGUUCACCUAGCAGCCCUGGGAGUCGUCACUAAAGUCAGUAUCAUCAAAGAAACAGAUUAUUAUUCAUAUUCAUUGGGUGAAAAGUCUUUCCCUGUAGCUUCAGCAGUAUGUAAAUAUUUCCCUCCAAUAACAAGCCGCAUUUUAUUUUACCGUGCUCAGAGCUAAUGCUAACGCUAAGAAUCAGAACUAAAAAACUAAAUACAUGUUUGAUAAAAAAAACAAAAAAACUUACUGUUGGAGUUGUCGGGACGUCAGAUUCGAGGUUUUAAAGAGUCUCAUUGGUGCUAAACAGGAACCAGGGUGUCCAUGAGGAGCUGACUCAGGAUCAGCUUCAGUCAGUGACGGUUCGGCCUCCGUUCCUCCAGGUUUUGCAGCUAACCUUCAGAUGCAGUUUCUCAGUGUUUCAGGACGUUGGCAUCAGUCAGCCUCUGGUCCAGUGACUCAGUGUGUUGACUGCUGAUCUUAAUCAGUUCAUUUAUUCUGGUCCCUCCAUUAUUUCACCCACCAGCGGUGGUCUGGCUCGAGCUGUAUGACGUCUUCUGUGGCAGCGGAGGAGAAAAGAACAAGGUCACAGUGAUGUCCUCAGGUCAUCUCAGACCCAGGGAUUACAGAUCUAUAGCAUUCGUGACACACUGUGGUGUUUAAAAGUUUGACACAGGCAAAGUCGGCAGCUGCCCCAGGACCUUAUAGACGUCCCGGGGCAACGAAAGCUCCAGGAUGAGCCCUGUAUUAACUGGAGCUAAUUAGCUCAUUUGUCUUGGUGUCGGCAUCAUUGAAGUACAGAAUAAAUACUAAAUCUUCGUCCUGUGGCUCUGGUCUUGGAGAGAUCCAGACCAAGUUUCAAACUGUUCUCACACUGAGCAUAUUCCUAAAUGAAGUUGUGGCUUUUCCUGGACCUUUAAGGAAAACAUAAAGCUGCCAUGUAAAUAAUUCACUAUCCAGCUGCACUGUGAGACAUUCAGUGUUGUCAGGAUGUCUUCACCUCCGUGGCUUCGAUUUUGACCAAACACUAAAUCACUGCAGACACAUUCUCUGGUUCUACUGUAAAGUUUAUUCUGUUGGAGUAAAGUUUGUUGUUGGUGUUUGAUGGAGAAAACGAGAGGAAAUCAAAAAAGACUAAAUUCAUCUUUGAUGUUUACCUCUUCUCCCCUUAUUUAACAUUUAUAAACAGGAUAUAAACGAUUAUUAGACAAUUGUGUUUAUUAAUGUAUUUGCAAACGACACUAACUUCUCCUGUGAACACACACAAGUGGAGCCUGCUGUAUAAAAUACUUUACAUUAAUAAGCCCUUAAACUGUCCUGACAAGCACAUUAUACUGUUAUAAAGCAUUUAUUCAUGUGUUUAUACAGAUUAUAAAUGUUAAAUGAGUUGUUAAAGGGGGUUAAAGUAAAUUAAAUUCAAGUUAUUCAAAUAAAAUUAGAGAAAUAAGUCAGUCCUGAUAACCAGUCUGAAUGUUUGGAGUCAGUGCAGCUUUAAUACAUGUAGAUCUGUUUUUAAAUGUGUUGGUGCAUCAGGGCUUUUAAAACUGCAAUAAUUCACACUGUUUUAUUUUGAAGCCAUCGAUCGUUUCAUCACGUCAGGUGACAAAAUCUUUAAAUUUCUCCCGCCGUUACCUCGUCUGCAUCUCCACUGAUUAACAGAUAAUUAUCAGACUUCACUGUAAAUGUCAUCACCACUCUGCGCCUCUGUUCACUUCCUUCAGCUUCAGCUUAGACGUUUUAUUGUUUGGAAACAGAAGCCAUUUCCUCUCUGAUGAAACCACAUGCAGUAUUGAUCAAGACGUCUGUUUAAGUACAAAUAAAAACACACACAUACACACUCACUGAGACGUAUAUAUUUGAUGAAUUCCUAGUGUAUAUACACAGAUAUAUACUGGGCCCAUAUCUACAGUGAAGUCUAUUCCAGAAGCCAUUUUAUACUUCAGUCAUUUGACGGUUGAUUUGCAGUAAACUGAGACAAAGUUGUGUAUUUAUAUUCUAUGUGUUUAAGAGACGUUAAUGUUGAUCAUUGUACCUGUACCAUUUUUAAGAUGCACUCUUUUAUACAUGAUGUGAAAUCCUGAUGUUGUUAUAAUAAAGUGGAAAAGCUUUGA